AUGGCUUGUGUAACUUCGGGUUCCAGCAAUGUACCAUUCUCGUGCUUCUCAGCAGCAAUAAGGGAAGAUACAGAGAGUAUGAUUGAUUUGCAGAUCAUUGUCUCGGUUGCCUCGGUUUCCCCAUCUUACUCCGAAAUUCCAAGAAUUCCCUGCGAACCAAUUCUUUUCCCUUCUCCCAACCUCAUAUUUCCCGAAAAAGAGGUCGGUUCCAACCUCGGCUUGUCGCGUGUGAGCUCGUUUCAUGUGUUCGAGAACAUCGGCGUCGUUGGCCGGAAAUUCAAGAGUUGGGAAAGAGAGGCAACUGCAACUGGAAGAGAAGAGCAUGCGAGAGCUUCAUGGGCCGAGAGGGAAAUGAAAUCCAUGCUCUGUCGAGCUGCAACAAGCCUAGGCAGCAGAGGCAAAGAACUCGAUAUCCCUUGGAUCUGA